AUGCAAAGGGAAGCAACGGGGCGGGAUGAUGAGUACGGGGGUGGAGGGGAUGUGAGAGAACAUGGUGAUGGGAUUGAUGUGGGAAGAAACAUGAGAGGUCAGAUUGGUGAAGGGAGCGGUGAAGUAGAAGCAGUCAUAUCUCACCUCUAUGGCAACAUCGUACCUCCUCGUGCGCAAUGGUCUCAACCGGAAGCUGUACCUGCAGGAAGCAUCGGACGCAUGGGGCACGGGAUGCAAUCAAGUGGAGUUAUGAGACGUGACCAAGUGGAGGUGGUGGAACGUGAAGGCACACGACGCACGGUGCAACUACCUCGACCAUCUACCGUGCCUACGCUCUUCGACCCGUCACCUCGCGAGUACACCGAAGAGGACAAGGACAGACUGUCACGCAAGAUGGUGGGAGCAGCGGUGGACAAGGCGUUCACAACAACACCGUUUGACGGCACCAACUUUCGAGAGUGGGCUCUUCGAUUUCGCAUGAACGCGCGCGUGACAAAUCUGUGGGAGUUUUUCGUGACACUACAAUACCCGGUGACAAUGGCGAAUGGAGAAAUGCGAGAUGCAAUGGAACGGCUGGAAGCUCUGCAAGCAGAUUACUCACAACGUGCUACGUUGGCGUUUUGGGUGCUUCUACACAGCGUGAGCGCAACGAUUCAACUACAGCUGGACGUGUUCCAAGAGUCAUAUAGUCCGGCAUUCGAAGAAUGGGAGUAUUUGAUGGAGACUUACCAGGCGUCUCUUCAGAGGCAGUUGGACAACUUGAAGAUGGGGAGCCAAGAAAGGGUGGAGGAAUACAUCAACCGGGCAACUGCAAUUCGGGACAAGUUGGCGAUGGCAGGAAAACUGGUGGACGAGGAUUCAUUCACCUUGAACCUGAUUACCGGGCUACCACCGCAUUGGGAGGAGCUAAGGCAUUCGGCAAUGCUACACGACAUCUCGGACAGCUACACACUGCAACGAAUGAUGAUUCAAGAACAACGCUACCAAGACCUCAUUAGCAAGACCAACCCAGAGCUGAACGAACCUGUUUACGUGGAGCUUGCUGACGGAAGCCACCUGUUGAGCUCGAUGGCGGGAACAAUCCGAGCAACGGCACCCAAUGGAACAACAGUGCGCUACACGGACGUACUCUACGUACCUGGCUUGAAGUCCAACCUGCUCUCCUAUUGCCAACUGUACAAGAAGGGAGCUCGCAUUCACACACGUGAGGAUGGGCACACGGAGAUCACAGUGGCGGAUGGGAAUGAACAUGUGCUUAUUGGAGUUGGAAUGAUCAUGCAUGGGGUGCUAAUGGUGCAAUAUGAGCCUGCACUUACCUCCGCCCAUGCAUCUGGUCAUGAUCAUCCGAAUGAAGCAUUGAAUGAGACUGAUCUUGGAGGACUGAAUGUGCAAUCUGCUCAUGCAUCCAUCACCUAUCGCAUGGCCCACAAGCGCUUGGGUCACCCAUCAUACACAUCCAUAGAUGCAACAUUCCGCAAUGGAGAUGUUGAAGGACUCUCCAUAUCUGACAAAACAAACCCCCUCAAACCCCCGUGUGACUCAUGUCUUCGAGGGAAGAUGAGUAAGGCCCCAUUUCCUACAGGUGGUGACAAGCGCACAACUCGACCUUUGGAGCUCGUGCAUAGCGACAUCAUGGACUUGGGUGACGCUCACCCCUCACUUCGCUACGUGCUGACGCUCAAGGACGACUACACCAACUACCUGUGGGUGGCGCCGUUGGCUCGCCGAUCCGACAUGGCAGCUGUUUUCUCGGCUUGGCAUCGCGAAAUGAAGACCAAGCUGCCCACGAAACCGCUGGCUGCCUUGCGCACGGACAAUAGAGGGGACUGCAGCAGCAACCCAUCCGCACACUCACCAUACUUCAUGAUGACGGGGAAAGCGGCAGAUGUCUCCAUGGCCAGGACCUUCGGAUGCCUCUGCUACUAUCUCCCUCCCCAAGGCAGCUUCGGGAAAUUAGAGCAACGAGGACGGGCAGGCAUGUUUCUUGGCCUCUCUAACUCACGAAAAGCAUGGAUCGUGCGGGACUUGGCAAGCGACGUUGACACGGACACGCGCUCAGCUCGUUUCUUUGACGACCUCAUGCUCCCGGACGCCGAAUCUCUGCUCGAACGUCAACGGUACCUGGAUGAAGUCUCACCUCAUAUCUCGGAGUGGACUUCCGGGGGAGACGGCGUUGGGUCAGCAUUCGACUCUUUUCCCGUAUCCCACACUUCCUCCCCAUCAUCUUCUGACGCCGCUACAGCAGAACAACAUGGACCUAAGGCAGAUGACGGAGCUCAAAAAGACUCCCCAGCAGCUCGUGAAGCCGAUACAGGAGAAAAGUCAACGACAAGUGACUUACCAGCGGCAGGCAUCUCUGUUUGUGAAGGUGCUGACAACAACGAACCAGAAAAUGACGCAAGUCAUCUCUACGACUUUGCCUACCCACCCGAGGGUAUCCCGCUGGUUGCUCCUGACGUGCCGCCACGGCGGGUUCACUUCAACCCAACGGUAACAGUACUUGGAGAAGGACACGGGACGGACACCAUGACAGGCCUGGACGUACUGUUUGGGAGGCAGCAGGCAGGACAAACAGUCACCCGGUUUCCCAACUUGCAGCAGCAGAACGUACAGGAAUGUGCAGCAACCGGCGUCCCCAUGGUGGAGCUGACGUACAAAGAGCCAAAAACACUUCAAGAAAUGACCAAGGACUCGUACGCACCUCUUUGGCAAGCCGCUGUGGAUGCCGAAUUGGCCAAGUUCGAUGAGCUGGACGCAUACGAAGUGGUGGACAGAGCGGACAUACCAAAAGGAACACCAGUGCUGACAGAAGGAGUUGUUUUGCGAUUUUUGGGGCUCAACGCCGCCGCAGACAAGGACUCAAUCUCGCUCGGACUCACAAAGUACAUCUCACAGGCUUUGGCGACCUUCGGGAUGGAGGGCAACCGUUCCGGGGUUCGAACGCCGAUCACCAAGGAACCUGGACCACAAGGUGAACCACCGGACGACAUUGAUGGUCAACUGGUGCUGAAACAAGUUGGAACAUUGCUGUACAUUUCAACGGCAGGGAGGCCUGACAUAACCUAUGCAGCUCAUGUGCUGGCCAGCCAAGCAAGCAAACCAACGGCAACAACCGUGCUUGGAAUCCACAGGGUGUUCAACUACUUACAGAACACAGCAGACAUGGGGCUGGUUUAUGGAGGAGGGGACUUAGUGCUCCGCGGAUACACGGACUCGGACUACGCGAACGAAGCAGGGCAUCACUCCGUUGGAGGCUACGGCGUAAGGGGGAGCAGCUGCAGGAGACUAGGUGUUGCUGCUGCCAUCGUUCCGGUGGUGCUACCGGCAGACAUUUGCUGCAGCAGCCGCCAGGUGCAGGAGCAGCCGCCAGGUGCAGGAGCAGCCGCCAGGUGCAGGAGCAGCCGCCAGGUGCAGGCGCAGCCGCCAGGUGCAGGGGCAGCCGCCAGGUGCAGGGGCAGCCGCCAGGUGCAGGGGCAGCCGCCAGGUGCAGGGGCAGCCGCCAGGUGCUUGUGUACCAGUUGCAGCUGCUCCCGUACACCACCUGGUAUAGAGGGAGUAGCACAGGGCAACAUGGAGCAGCAAAGGGUCAAGGGGAGCAGCACAAGGCCGUCGGGCUCUGCUGCUGUCGACUGCAGCCUUAGGCAGUGGGUGCACGAUGCUGCAGUCAUCAGCUGCUUCCGUGCGCCACAGGAGCUGCCGUGCGCCACAGGUGCUGCCGUGCGCCACAAGUGCUGCCGUGCGCCACAGGUGCUGCAGCUCGCCACAGGUGCGGCCGUCGCUGCGGUCGUGGGUGUCAGCAGGAAAGGCAGCCGCGCGACGAGGGCAGUGGCGUCAUGCGAGUCGUCCGAAAUAGCAAGAGGAGGGCGCGCACCAGCAGAAGCCGCCACGUGCGACAUGAUGCAGUAG